AUUGUUCCCUGUGAGCAGCCGGAAGAAGCGCUCCUUAAAGCCCCGCUGAACGCGACAGCUGCGCCGGGUGGACCGGUUUGUGUCAGGACUGCUCGGGAGCGACACCAGAACCGAGCUGUUUCCAGGUUUCACUCUGGUGGAGGAUUUACUCAGAGGGAAACUGGAUCAUGAUGUUUAAGUGGAGAAAAAACUGAAGUCCAUUGAGUCCUGCGUGGUGCCUUAAGCUGGACACAGAUGAGAAUAAAGAAAUGAAUGAACAGAAGUGGGCCGUAGCAGUGUAACACAUUGAGUUGAAGACAUCCCACCCAUGUGAUCUCACAGGCUGCCUCUGCUCUGCUCUGCUCCAGUCAGGCUCCUGCCUUUCAGCCGGCUGCAGCUAAUGAGCCUUUGUGUGGCCAAAGAUAGCAAGAGAAGGAGAGUGCAACACAGUGACAGAGAGGGAGUUCAAGUGAGAAAGACUUGUCGUCUUGCAACAAUAAAGCAUAUGUUACAGACAGUGCGGGCAGAGCUGGAAAAUUACCCGUCUCCCCUCACCGUCCUCCUGCAUGCUGCUGUCUCAUGGCUGCGGAGCUCACGGGUCGCUGCAAGUCAGUGGACUGAAACAAGAAUGAGAAUCUCUUCAUUCAUCAUGUUUCACCUGCUUUGAACGGCCACAUUUGUGACUGUGAAUGCGCUGCUGUUAGAAGAGGUGAAAGGAGUCACACUCUGCCAGUGGAUACAGGUGCAGGUGCGGCAGGCCAUGAGUGGAAUACUGAAGAGAAAAUUUGAGGAGGUGGAAGCCUCCUCCUCCCCGUGCUCUUCCGUGCGGGAGUCUGAUGAUGAGGUCUCCUGCAGUGARAGUGGGGAUAGCAGCGACAGCGUUAACCCCUCUGCCUCAAAUCCUUUCACCCCUGACUCAAUACUGAAGCGGGAGAAGCGUCUGCGUGCGAGGAGGGUUCAUUUUGAGAAUGUGACAGUGUACUACUUCUGCCGGCGGCAGGGCUUCACCAGCGUACCCAGCCAGGGGGGCAGCACCCUGGGCAUGUCCAACAGGCACAGCUGGGUCAGACAGUACUCUCUGGGUGAGUUUGCCUUGGAGCAGGAGAGGAUCCACAGAGAUAUGCUCAGAGACCACUUGAAGGAGGAGAAACUUAACUCAAUCAAACUCAAGCUGACCAAUAACGGCACCGUGGAGUCAGAGGAGGCCGACACGCUCACAGCAGAGGACAUCUCAGACGAUGACAUUGAUCUGGACAACACAGAGGUAGACGAGUACUUCUUCUUGCAGCCUCUUACCACGAAAAAGCGUCGAGCGCUGUUGCGCACCUCGGGGGUGAAGAAGAUCGAUGUCGAGGAGAAACACGAGCUUCGGGCCAUUCGCAUGUCCAGGGAGGACUGUGGCUGCGACUGCAGGGUUUUCUGUGACCCUGAGACCUGUGCUUGCAGCAUUGCAGGGAUAAAGUGUCAGGUGGAUCGAAUGUCAUUUCCAUGCGGCUGCACUAAAGAAGGUUGCAGCAAUUCAACUGGAAGAGUGGAGUUUAAUCCCAUCCGUGUGCGGACCCAUUUCCUGCACACCAUCAUGAAGCUGGAGCUGGAGAAGAGUCGCGAGCAGCAGCAGACGGCCUCGGCCAACAGUUACUGUGGCAACACUAAUGACUCAGGAAGCGGAAACCCUUUCGCAGAGGCGCAGCACCGGUUGGAGUACUCGCUGACCAGCUCCGUCCCUCAGACGACCAGCAUGCACCUCCCCGCUGCAGAUGAGAUGGAGGAGCCGCUGGAUGAUGAUGACGAGGAGGAAGAUGACGACGACGAAGAGGAGAAUGAAGAGGACGAGGAAGACGAGGAGGACAGUAGCAGCAUUUGCAGUGGGCUGUCUGACUCCAGCACACAGAGCUUGGCUAACAGCGACUCGGAGGAUGAGGAUGCAGAGAAGUGUGAGAAUUUUGAGGACGACCUGACAACCCCAGCGGUUUCUCACACUGAAGUGGUGCCAUUGUCCUCUGUGAUGUGUUACAGCGAUGGUUCUGUGGGACACGAUAACCACAUUAAUGGAAACCCUUACUUGAUGAGCUCUUCUCCGGCUGAGUACUAUCAGCUGGGGAGCUCCAGCGCAGACUUGAACGGCCAGACCAGUCAACCCAGUGAAUCCUACAGGGAAGCCUUAGCAUUUCAAGAUCCAAUCAAUACGACCAAUGGAAACGUGGUGCAGGGACCGUUCAGCCUGUCUGCAGAGCAGUACCCAGGCUACUCAAAUCAGACAGAGGAGCAGUACUCAGCCAAUCACCAGUUUACUCUGAAUGGUGGUGCUCCUGCCGCCCCUUUGACCUGCUACACGCCUGACCAGAACAACAAGGUUUUGUCCAAGGCGGGGUUCGUGGAGCAGCCCGAGAACCAAAACGACACACAGUUUCAGAACUACCUUAACAAUAACAGUCAAAGCUCCUACAGCAAUCACAGUGCAUGUAUGACAGCCGAGCAGCAGCCACAGGAGUCAAGCGCAAAUGGACAUUCUGACCUGACCUUACUAGCAAACAAUACAAAGAACCUUCCUUUACCAGACCAUUGCCCCGAGGUCACAGCCAUUUAAAGGGCUCCACCUUAUAGUGUUCUUUCAUGAUUAUGUCUUCACUUGAAGUUGUAUUUCUAGAAAACACCAUUGCCUUUUUCCCCACCCAAUUUCCUGACCUUAAAGUUGAAAGCAAUUUACAGAGUAAUACUACAUUUUCAUCUAGAACCAUGAAGCCAUAGGGUUUGCGAUGGAAACAGAUUUGAGGAACUGCUUACUAGUGCAGUUUUCUCCAUUACAAUUGUUGUGCUCAACAUCAACGAGCAGAAGGAUAAGAAAAAUAAGAACCCAUUGUAUUAUUGUUAUUUUUUUCAUUGUAUUUAUGUUAUACUGUGCAAAGUAUUCUGUAACUUUUGGUGUAAAGUUCUCAUUUAAAGCAGAUGAACUGUAGAUUGAACCUGUCUGCUGUACGUGUCAAAUGCACACAAAAAGGCUUAACGUCAGUUUAUUUAUUGUAGUUGAAAAGUGCAAAGGUUUUGAUUAAAAUAAUGCAUGCAAUUUUAGAAAUCAGUGUUUGUGAAAAAAUGUUUUAUAUAUAUAUAUAUAUAAAUAUAUGAAUUGCUGUACUCAUAAUGUACAUUUUUCCUCUGUUUAAGUCUUAAUUUAAAGUUUUUUUGAGUCUAAAAAGCAUUAAAAAAG